UUGUUGUAAUACGGGUGGGGAAAAAAGUAGUAACUAGUGGCAGCUGAGUGGGGUCAUGUCCUAAAUCAGGGUGCGAUAAUUUAUGAUCACACGGCUGCCACGGGAGAAGAGGGAAUGGAGGACAACCUGAAUGAAAACGGGGCCUUUUACUUGAAGGCGGAGCAGUACUGGAAGGAAAUCCCGCCCACUGUGGAUGGAAUGCUUGGCGGGUAUGGCAGCAUUUCCAGUAUCGACAUCAACGGUUCGAAAAAGUUCCUGCAGAAAUUCCUUGGGGAAGGCAAAGGCAAGACGAGACCAGGCUGUGCCCUGGACUGUGGUGCAGGAAUCGGCCGCAUCACCAAGCGCCUUCUCUUGCCGCUCUUCCGGACCGUGGACAUGGUUGACGUGACUCAGGAGUUCCUGGACAAGGCACGGUCUUACCUGGGCGAGGAGGGCAAGAGAGUGGAGAACUACUUCUGCUGUGGCCUGCAGGAUUUCCAGCCUCAGCCGAAUCGUUACGACGUCAUCUGGAUCCAGUGGGUCAUCGGUCACCUGACUGACGAUCACCUGGUGGAGUUCUUCAGGCGAUGCCGAAGUGCCCUGCGUCCCGAUGGCCUGAUAGUGGUGAAGGAUAACGUGGCGUAUGAGGGUGUUGUGCCUGACGAGGUGGACAGCAGCGUGUGCAGAGACCUGCCCUUAUUGCGCCGCAUAGUGGCCAGAGCUGGACUCAGCAUCAUCCAUGAGGAACAGCAGCUGAACUUCCCUGAGGAGAUCUACCAGGUCCACAUACUUGCUCUUAGAUAGUUGAUGCCUACAUUAUUAUAUUAAUAAGGCAGCGGUUUAUGAGAGAGAAAACUGUAUGCCAUGAUUGUUUCUUCCUGCCAUUUUUAACAACGCGCCAGGUUGGAACUUUGCAAAAAUCGUCAAUAUGUGCCUGUAUUCAGGGUCUGCUCUUUUAAGGAAGGCAGUUUAAGGGGUGAUUUGCACCACGACCCCUGGACUACCGCUAAUCAGGGAGCACAGAUUUCGUAUGAUACUAUAACCAUUUUACACUUUUAAGAUUUCUGAACGUCCUCUCAUCUGUAGUUCCUCACAGGAUGUUUUUGGACGACAGAAUAUACUGUAUGUAAACAAAGGAACCUGUUUGUGCUUUCAGGGGAAUAAGAUUUAAUAUUUGAGCCAAUAUGAAUUUUGACACAACCUCUGUUUGAUGUUACUGUGUCUAGUUUGUGUGUAAGUUAUUAAGCGAGAUAUUCAUGUGUGCAUGUUAGUUCUGAGUGUCUGUGGACUUGAAUACAUAAAUAUAUUUCUAGAAAAUAUUGUUUUACUGUGUCUUUUACAUGUGUUGCAUUGUAUAAAAACAGUAUUAUACCAACA